UCACUCGAACCAAAACAUACACACAUAGCAAAAAAUGGCAAACAAGUUGUUCCUCGUCUGCGCAGCUCUCGCUCUCUGCUUCCUCCUCACCAACGCUUCCAUCUACCGCACCGUCGUUGAGUUCGAAGAAGAUGACGCCACUAACCCCAUAGGCCCAAAAAUGAGGAAAUGCCGCAAGGAGUUUCAGAAAGAACAACACCUAAGAGCUUGCCAGCAAUUGAUGCUCCAGCAAGCAAGGCAAGGCCGUAGCGAUGAGUUUGAUUUCGAAGACGACAUGGAGAACCCACAGGGACAACAGCAGGAACAACAGCUAUUCCAGCAGUGCUGCAACGAGCUUCGCCAGGAAGAGCCAGAUUGUGUUUGCCCCACCUUGAAACAAGCUGCCAAGGCCGUUAGACUCCAGGGACAGCACCAACCAAUGCAAGUCAGGAAAAUUUACCAGACAGCCAAGCACUUGCCCAACGUUUGCGACAUCCCGCAAGUUGAUGUUUGUCCCUUCAACAUCCCUUCAUUCCCUUCUUUCUACUAAAUCUCAAACAAACCCUCAAAGCGUAUGAGAGUGUGGUUGUUGAUAUAUACAUGUUGACACUUGACACAUACCACACCUCAUCGUGUGUUUUAUGAUAAAUGUAAGCUUUUGGAUGUUUGAGGGUAAUGUAAGCACUACUUAAUAAAUAAGAGUUUUGUUUAUAUUUUUUUUGUU